AGAUUUCCGCAACGCGUCGGUUUUUCCCUGGCAAGAUGGCGACCGUCACAACAGCCACAUCAGAAUGGAUCCAGUUCUUCAAAGAUGCUGGGAUCCCUCCUGGACUGGCUGUCAACUAUGCCGUGUCAUUUGUUGAUAACAGGAUUCAGAAAAACAUGCUCAUGGACCUCAGUAAAGAAAUAAUGAUGGACUUGGGAAUCACAGUCAUCGGGGACAUCAUAGCUAUUCUCAAACAUGCAAAGCAAGUGUAUAGACAGGAUAUGUGUAAAAUGGCAACUGAGGCCAUUACAGCUGGACAAACUAGUGUACAGGCUGAAUUGAGACGCACCGCUAACACUCCUGCCACACGCAUGAUUGCCAAUGCUCUGAGUCGGGACUCCCCACCAAGCACUCCUGCCCGGCGCCCUGACAACCGAAUAUCAGUGACGGUCUCCAACGCCAGUGCCAAACCAGUUUUAGUUCCCAGCAAGCCAGCAGAAGAAAAUGGGUUUCAAAAGAAGCGCCGGCGAGUCACUAGAGAAAUGGAGGGGAAAUAUAUCAUAAACAUGCCAAAAGGCACGACCGAUCGCACCCGACGCAUCCUGGCACAGCAGGCCAAGAAAGCCAAGGUUUUAAAGCGUACUUCAGUGUUUGACAGACUUGGGGCAGAGUCUAAGACUGACACCGUCUCAGCCAAUAAGCAGCCAACCGGUGUGUUUAGCCGACUGGGUGAAGCAGAGGAGGAUGAAGAGGGUGGAGGGAAGACCAUUAAUGUCACCGACUCCUUCGAGGACAAUGAAAGCGAUGAUGAAGGCUCAGUGCUGCAGUAUGCCGGCGUCCUCAAACGACCUUCUUCUAAAAAAGAGACUGUAAACACCAAAUCAAAACCACUCACUCUGCGUCGACUGGGCGCCAAGUACAAACUCCCCCCAUCUGAAGGCACACCACCAAUAUCCUCUACCUCCUCCUCCAUCCAGGAGGGGACACCUAAACUGGGUGUGCUGCAGAGACUGGGAAAGGCCCCGUCAGUCCACCCUACCUCCUCUACUCCUCUAGUCAGUCAGCCUGCAGACACGCAGGACAGUCGAGUCACGAGUAGCAGAAGCAAAGCCCAGGGCAGCUUCGCUCUGGCCAGCCCUAAGGUCAGUAGCAGCACAGGUGACACUCACGGGGCUCAGAUGGACGCUGGGGAAGUCAGUGUAUUUAAGAGGCUGGGCACUCGGAAAACCUAAUGCACAAAAACUGUUUUAUCCUGCUUGCUCCUUUUAUAACCUAAAACCCACCUGAAUUUCCACUUGAGUGAGUGGAGAAACUCUAGGACCACCCUUGAUGGAUUGGGAAGUCGAUAUGCUGUACCUCAUUAAGUGUUAUGAUAUUAGGGGACAAAAAGGGACGGCUGCAAUAUGUUAAAUGUCAGUGUGUGGACAUACCUUAUUUUUGGUUGUAGGAAUCGUUCUUUAUCU